AUGGCUUCCUUUGAAGAAGAAGACCGGAAGUAUCUGGACGAUGUCCAGGCCGUCCAGAAGUGGUGGCAGGACUCCAGAUGGAGACACACCAAGCGCCCCUUUACUGCUGAGCAGAUUGUGGCUAAGCGCGGCACCCUGAAGAUCGAAUACCCUUCCAAUGCUAUGAGCAAGAAGCUGUGGAAGAUCUUGGAGAGCAAUUUCGAGAAAAAAGUACCUAGCUUCACCUAUGGCUGUCUCGAGCCCACAAUGCUCACCCAGAUGGCCAAAUACCUUGACACCGUCUACGUCUCUGGCUGGCAGAGCUCCUCCACCGCCUCGUCCACCGACGAACCCUCUCCCGACCUUGCCGACUACCCCAUGAAUACCGUCCCCAACAAGGUCAACCAGCUGUUCCUGGCUCAGCUGUUCCAUGACCGGAAACAGCGCGAAGAACGCAUCACCACUCCCAAGGAGCAGCGUGGCAAGGUGGCAAAUGUUGACUACCUCCGCCCCAUCAUUGCGGAUGCCGAUACCGGACAUGGUGGCUUGACGGCCGUGAUGAAGCUGACCAAGCUGUUUAUUGAGCGUGGUGCUGCUGGUAUUCACAUUGAAGACCAGGCUCCGGGAACCAAGAAGUGCGGCCACAUGGCCGGAAAGGUGCUUGUGCCUAUCAGCGAACACAUCAACCGUCUGGUGGCUAUCCGUGCGCAAGCGGAUAUCAUGGGCACCGAUCUGCUUGCCAUCGCUCGAACCGACUCCGAAGCCGCCACUCUCAUUACCUCCACAAUUGAUUACCGCGAUCAUGCCUUCGUCGUGGGCUCAACAAACCCCAACCUGCAGCCCCUCAACGACCUCAUGGUGGCCGCAGAGCAGGCUGGCAAGAACGGAAACGAGCUGCAAGCCAUCGAAGACCAGUGGGUUGCUCAGGCUGGCCUGAAGCUUUUCAGCGAGGCUGUCAUCGAUACCAUCAACAAGAGCUCCUCUGGUAACAAGAAGGCCCUCAUCGAUGAGUACCUGAAGAAGGCCAAGGGGAAGAGCAACCGCGAAGCCCGGGCUAUUGCCAAGGACAUCACUGGCGUCGACAUCUACUGGGACUGGGACGCCCCUCGCACCCGGGAGGGCUUCUACCGGUACCAGGGAGGUACGCAGUGUGCGGUGAACCGCGCCAUUGCGUAUGGCCCAUUCGCAGAUCUCAUCUGGAUGGAGAGCAAGCUGCCCGACUAUGCCCAGGCGAAGGAGUUUGCCGACGGUGUUCACGCCGUGUGGCCCGAGCAGAAGCUGGCGUACAACCUGUCGCCCUCAUUCAACUGGAAGAAGGCGAUGCCGCGCGAUGAGCAGGAGACCUACAUCCAGCGCCUGGGAGCCCUGGGAUACUGCUGGCAGUUCAUCACCCUGGCGGGUCUGCACACGACGGCGCUGAUCACGGAUCAGUUUGCCAAGGCGUACGCGAAGCAGGGCAUGCGGGCGUACGGCGAGUUGGUGCAAGAACCCGAGAUGGAGCAGGGGGUGGAUGUGGUGACUCACCAGAAAUGGAGUGGUGCCAACUACGUGGAUAAUAUGUUGAAGAUGGUGACGGGCGGCAUCAGCAGUACGGCCGCCAUGGGCAAGGGCGUCACGGAGGAUCAGUUCAAGCACUGA